CUUAACCCUCUGAGGAUUUUUCAUAUAAAUACUUCGAGAUUAAUUAACAGAACAACAAAUCCUGAGUUAGCGUUGUGGAGUCAACAGUUCAGUUGUGAUAAGCUUUGUGAAUAAUCUGAUCAUCAACAUGCAGUCAACUAUCAUCAUCGGAUUUGCGUUAUUGGCGUGUGUGUACGCGCAGGUGUCACAGCCUCCCCACUACAAAGAGAUGUAUCCAAAUCAGUACCAGUUCGUCAAGCAAGCCCGUCAUCCCCGUGACGUCACAUGGGACAAACAAGUUGGAGACGGAAAAGUUUUUGGCACUCUUGGCGACAAGCAGGACGGUAGUGUCUAUGGUAAAGCUGGGUAUAAGCAAGACUUCUUCAACGACGAAAGGGGGAAACUUACUGGUGAGGCGUACGGUGCCCGAGUGCUGGGUCCGAAUGGAGACAGCAGCUUUUUAGGAGGCAAAGUCAACUGGAACAACGCUGCCAAAGACGCUGAAGCUAACUUGGAACUGACUAGGCAGAUCCAUGGAAGGACUGGCGCACAGGCCGACUUUUCCAAAGUCUGGAAUCUGGAUAAGAACACACGCAUCUCAGCGGGUGGCACCGUUUCGCAGGCUGAUCUUGGACGUGGAAGACCUGACUACGGCAUCGGCGCAAAAUUCGAACACUUCUUUGGCGGUCAUUAAUCUCUUUUCUGCAGUAUAUCUUCACUAAAUAGCAUUUAUAAAAUCCCAAGCCGAGUUAGCCUGUAUUUGCUUAUUAGUUCUAAACAUCUUAAUGAGACAUUUCACCAGGAAUAUAUUUUAAUUUAGUAAAUACAAAAUAACUUGUGACAGGAUCCACCUGUGCAAACAAUAAUAUAAGUUCACUUGUUGUUUAUAAAUGCUAUACUUACUACCUAAUUUAGAUAGAAACUUGUAAUAGUAUACUGUGUUACCUAAAGUGUGUUGAUUUAAUUUUGUGAUUAGCCUAGUCAUUAUUGGUUAAUAAAGAUAAUUUUUGAUGAUAUUA